AUGUCCUCACAACUCCGCAAUCUCAAAGCCACUGCUUCAGACGCAGCAUCACACUUGUUGGAAACAUUCUCUAAUAAGUCAAUUACUCGUCGUCAACUCAUCGAUGCAAACCAACUACAAAAACUAGCCCUCACCCUCAAUCGGCCCAGCUUGAACGGUCAAGACGUUUCUGAGCAGCCACCCAUCGAGGGAACGCCUGUGCCGCCUGGAUAUCAUCUCGUGUAUUUCACACCAAAUGGUACGGAAGAAGAACUGGGAAAUGAUGGGAGUGAUACGACAUUCAAUGCUUCGGCGCCUUUUACUAGGAGAAUGUGGGCUGGCGGCAAAAUGACUUGGGCGACCGAUGUGUCGCUUUGUGUGGGUGAUCAAGUUGAAGAGAGGACAAAACUUUUGAGUGCAACCCCCAAAAAGAGCCGAUCUGUUGGUGAAAUGGUCCUUGUGGAAGUUGAGAAGGAGUUCUGGGGUCCCAAAGGUUUGGCUUUGACGGAUCGUCGAUCAUGGGUGUUUAGGCCUCAGAUUGAUCUCGAUGCUGUGCAAGAGGCGCCAAAACCUCUUGAGAACAUUGUCUGCGGCCCAUCUACCAUCAGAGAUAUAGAUGCUCCGAGUGAGGGCCAUCCUAUGAGAGAACUUCGCUGGUCGCCAGUCGGCCUGUUCAGAUUCUCAGCCCUGACAUUCAACGGGCACAUGAUACACUACAACCGGGAUUGGACUCGGAAUGUAGAGGGUCACCCUGGUGAAGUCGUCCAUGGACCUCUGAACCUGAUCAACCUGCUUAACUACUGGCGCGACAUUCAUGGUAACGGUGAAGGCCCACGAGGAAUCUCAUAUAGAGCCUUGUCGCCACUUUAUGCUGGCCAGACAUACAAUAUCCGGACCAAGACCAUUCAGGACACAGAGGAUGGCAAGGCGUGGAAUGUUCUCGUUGAAAGAGACGGAACAACCUGCAUGAAGAGCGAGAUCACUGCUUAA